AUGACAACCCUGAAUAAGACAUCAGGAGUUCUUACCAGUCCUUACUAUCCAAGGCGUUACCCUUCUAACGUGAAUUGCAGCUGGAAAAUUAUAGCAAGUAAAGGAGAACGCAUUGUGUUGUCCAUUGAAGACAUUGAUAUUGUGGACUGUGGUUCAUCUUGCACGUGUGACUACCUGAAAAUACAAAAUGGCUCAUCCUCUGAUGGCAUUUCAAGCAGGCGAAGAUGUAGAUACUAUAAAGACCGUAAGAUAAUAUACCGUUCGGUAAAAGAUGUCCUGAGGGUGACGUUUGUUUCUGAUAGUGGUACUUACCGGCGGUACCGUGGAUUUAAGGCAACUUACAUCAAAGUGAAAUAUAAUGCAACAAACACCGGUAAGUUAUUAAAAAUCGGCUUUACACGCAAAAUUAAAGGUUUAUGUGCAGGCGAUCAGGUGAUCAAUUUUCAGCAAAUUAUAUAAAACAGUAUUGCCUUAUAACAGGCUCAUAGCAACUGCAACAUUCAAAUAUUAAUACUUUACGGAGUAAAACAACACAAACUAAAAUGCCGAUGAAAUGCCAGCAAUUUUUAUUCGCAUGAUGUUAAAAGUGUUUUCUUGCGAAUCUCCUUUUUUUUAUGAACCCUUUCAUGAUUGAGUUUUUUUGGGGGGGGUUCACAGCCAAAAUUACUCUUUGAUUUUGAAUUACAAAGCUAAAUCAUGUUUAUUUCCUCUUUUUGCAGCUUGUACCUCUGGCGAAUAUCUUAAUGGAUUUAGUGGAUUCUUUUCAACUCCAAAUUUUCCAAGUAACUUCCCUCAACACAGCAAAUGUACCUGGAAUAUCACAGUUCCCAGCGGGUACAUCAUUAAACUUAGCUUCCUCUACUUUCGAUUGGAGCAACAUCAGUACUUUCCCUGCAAUAAUAAUCCAGAGGCCCGUGUUACAGUCACAAAUGUUGCUUCAGGUGAUGGGUAUCAGCCGUUCAUGCUGUGCGGUUAGUUAAUGUUGCGUUGUUUGUGAAUUUUUCCUAAUGUAGCUAUUGUUCGCAUGGACUUUCAUAACAAAGAAAGAAAACGUGAACGACAGAACAAUUUUUUUAUGCCGAGUAAGCGCAGGCGCCUAAUACCCUCUAAAAUGUUCGUUUGAGUCAAGGAACGGACUCUUAAAAACAUCGUAAGAAGGCAGUCAAUUGUCUGUAACUUGUUGACAAUGUAAUCUCGAUAAUUUAAAAAAGUUAUUCCUCACACAAACCAAAAAAAGGUUUUAGCGCAGCUCAAAAUUAUUAAGUCCUUCCGUUCCGUAUUAUUUGGGUUUGAUCUAAUUCCUUCUCGGGUUAACUAGAUUCUUUUUUUAAAGUGGUAUAAUUCUAAUUGUCCUCGAUACUUACGCUCAGUCCAUUUAUAUUGCUUGCAGUCUGUCCCAAUAUGGCAAUCCUGAAUGAGACAUCAGGAAUUCUUACCAGUCCUUACUAUCCAAGGCGUUACCCUUUCAACGAGAAAUGCAGCUGGAAAAUUAUAGCAAGUAAAGGAGAACGAAUUUUGUUGUUCAUUGAAGACAUUCAUAUUGCAAACUGUGGUUUAUCUUGCACAUGUGACUACCUGGAAAUACAAAAUGGCUCAUCCUCUGAUGGCAUUUCAAGCAGGCGAAGAUGUAGAUACUAUAAAGACCGUGGGAUAGUAUACCAUUCGGUAAAAGAUGUCCUGAGGGUGACGUUUGUUUCUGACAGUGGUACAUACUGGCGGUACCGUGGAUUUAAGGCAACUUACAUCAAAGUGAAAUAUAAUGCAACAAACACCGGUAAGUUAUUAAAACUCGGCUUUAAACGCAAAGUUAAGGGUUUAUUCAAGCCGAUCAGUGAUCAAUUUUCAGCAAGUUAUAUAAAACAUUAUUGCUUUAUAACAGGCUUAUAGCAACUGUAACAUUCAAAUACUUUACGGAGUAAAACAACACAAACUAAAAUGCCGAUGAAUUUCCAACAAUUUUCAUUGACAUGAUGUUAAAAGUGUUUUCUUGCGAAUCUCCUUUCUUUAUGUUUAUCUAUUGCAACGCUUUCCAGAUUGAGUUUUUCUUUUUGGUUCACAGCGAAAAUUACUCUUUCAUUUUGAAUUAUAAAGCUAAAUCAUGUUUAUUUCCUCUUUUUGCAGCUUGUACCUUUGUCGAAUAUCUUAAUGGAUUUAGUGGAUUCUUUUCAACUCCAAGUUUUCCAAGUAACUUCCCUCAAUACAGCAAAUGUACCUGGAAUAUCACAGUUCCCAGCGGGUACAUCAUUAAACUUAGCUUCCUUUACUUUCGAUUGGAGCCACAUCAGUACUUUCCCUGCUAUAAUGGUCCAGAGGCCCGUGUUACAGUCACAAAUGUUGUCUCAGAUGAUGGGUAUCAGUCGUUCAUGCUGUGCGGUCAGUCUUCUUUUCAUCCAGUGUACUCGGUAGGGAAUUCCGCUCAAGUCAUAUUCACGUCUCUGCGCAGUCAAUACCCAGGGUUUAAUGCCACUUACACGGCUAUCACUUAUAAAUCAGGUACUUGGUAUACAUUAUUUACAAGACAUCAAUGACUGAGUUAAGAUUUAAAUACCAUCACCAUCGACAACUCGCCCAAUAAAGGGUAAUCCAAGAAAGUCUUGGAUUCUGGAUUCCAGGAGUGGAUUCCGAAUAUCAUUGGCAUUUAGAUUAUUGAUUCCAAUGAUAAGUAGAAUUCCGGUUUCCUGAAGUAAAAUCACAGAUUCCAAAUCCUAGUACUUACGAACAUAUUUCUCACAGUUAAUGUUGCUUUGUUUGUGAAUUUUCCCAAUGUAGCUGUUGUUCACAUAGGCUUUCAUAACAAAGAAAGAAAACGUGAAAGACAGAACAUAUUUUUUUAUGCCAGAGAAAGCGCAGGCGCCUAAUACCCACUAAUAUGUUCGUUUGAGUCAUCUAACGGACUCUUAAAAACACCGUACGAAGGCAGUCAAUUGUCUGUGACUUGUUCACAAUAUAAUCUCGAUAAUUUUCAAAAAGUUAUUUCAGACACAAAUUUAGAAAAAGCUUCCGGCGUAUCCCAAAAUUAUUAAGUCCUGCCAUCCUACAUUUGGUUUUGAUCUAAUUCCUUCUCAAGUUAACUAGAUUAUUUUUUUAAAGUGGGAUAAUUCUAAUUGUCCUCGAUACUUAGGCCUAGUUCAUUUAUAUUGCUUGCAGUCUGUCCCAAAAUGGCAACCCUGAAUGAGACAUCAGGAAUUCUUACCAGUCCUUACUAUCCAAGGCGUUACCCUUCGAACGUGAAAUGCAGCUGGAAAAUUAUAGCAAGUAAAGGAGAACGAAUUUUGUUGUUCAUUGAAGACAUUCAGAUUACGAACUGUGGUUCAUCUUGCACGUGUGACUACCUGGAAAUACAAAAUGGCUCAUCCUCUGAUGGCAUUUCAGGCAGGCGAAGAUGUAGAUACUAUACAGACCGUGGGAUAGUAUACCAUUCGGUAAAAGANUGGGAUAAUUCUAAUUGUCCUCGAUACUUAGGCCUAGUUCAUUUAUAUUGCUUGCAGUCUGUCCCAAAAUGGCAACCCUGAAUGAGACAUCAGGAAUUCUUACCAGUCCUUACUAUCCAAGGCGUUACCCUUCGAACGUGAAAUGCAGCUGGAAAAUUAUAGCAAGUAAAGGAGAACGAAUUUUGUUGUUCAUUGAAGACAUUCAGAUUACGAACUGUGGUUCAUCUUGCACGUGUGACUACCUGGAAAUACAAAAUGGCUCAUCCUCUGAUGGCAUUUCAGGCAGGCGAAGAUGUAGAUACUAUACAGACCGUGGGAUAGUAUACCAUUCGGUAAAAGAUGUCCUAACGGUGACGUUUGUUUCUGGCAGUGGUACAUACCGGUGGUACCGUGGAUUUAGGGCAACUUACAUCAAAGUGAAAUAUAAUGCAACAAACACAGGUAGGUUAUUAAAAAUCGGCUUUAGCAAAAUUAAAGUUAAAGUUAACGCAAGUUAAAGGUUUAUGUGCAGGCGAUCAGGUGAUCAAUUUUUAGCAAGUUAUAGAAAACAUUAAUUAUUGCCUUAUAAUAGGCUUAUAGCAACUGUAACAUUAAAAUACUGUACGGAGUAAAACAACACAAACAAAUUAAAAUGCCGAUGGAAUGCCAACAAUUUUCAUUCGCGUGAUGUUAAAAGUGCUUUGUUUCGGGUCUCCUAUUUUUUAUGUUUGUCUAUUGCAACGCUUUCCAUUGAUGUUUUCUUUUUUUGGUUCACAGAGAAAAUUACUCUUUGAUUUUGAAUUAUAAAGCUAAGUCAUGCUUAUUUUCCCUUGUUGCAGCUUGUACGUCUAGCGAAUAUCUUAAUGGACUAAGUGGAUUCUUUUCAACUCCAAAUUUUCCGAGUAACUACCCUCAAUACAGCAAAUGUACAUGGAAUAUCACAGUUCCCAGCGGGUACAUCAUUAAACUUAGCUUCCUCUACUUUCAAUUGGAGCCAUAUCGAUAUAGUCCCUGCUUUCAUGCCCGUGUUACAGUCACAAAUGUUGCUUCAGAUGAUGGGUAUCAGCCGUUCAUGUUGUGUGGUCAGUCUCUUUUCCAUCCAGUAUACUCGGUAGGGAAUUCCGUUCAAGUCAUAUUCACGUCUCUGCGCAGUCAAUACCCAGGGUUUAAUGCAACUUACACGGCUAUCACUUAUAGUUCAGGUACUUCGUAUAAGUUAUUUACAAGACAUCAAUGAUUUAGUUAAGAUUUAAAAACCAUCACCAAGAAAGUCUUCUCAAGUAAAAUGACAGAUUCCAAAUCCCAUUAUUUACGAACAUACUUCUCACAAUUGAUGUUGCGUUAUUUGUGAAUUUUCUUAAUGUAGCUGUUGUUCACGUGGGCCUUCAUAACACAGAAAGACAUCUUGAACGACAGAACAUUUUUUUUUAUGCCAGAGUAUGCGCAGGCGCCUAAUACCAACUACAAUUAAUGUUCGUUUGAGUCACGAAACGGAUUCUCAAAAACAUCGUAAGAAGGCAGUCAAUUGUCUGUGACUAGUUCACAAUAUAAUCUCGACACAAAUUUUAAAAAAGCCUCCAGCGCAUCCCAAAAUUAUUAAGUCCUGCCGUCCUGCAUUUAGUUUUGAUCUAAUUCCUUCUUAAGUUAACAAGAUUCUUUUUUUAAAGUGGUAUAAUUCCAAUUGUCCUCGAUACUUACGCUCACUCCAUUUAUAUUGCUUGAAGUCUGUCCAAAUAUGGCAACCCUGAAUGAGACGUCAGGAGUUCUUACCAGUCCUUACUAUCCAAGGCGUUACCCUUCGAACGUGAAAUGCAGCUGGAAAAUUAUAGCAAGUAAAGGAGAACGCAUUUUGGUGUUCAUUGAAGACAUUCAGAUUACGAAUUGUGGUUCAUCUUGCGCGUGUGACUACCUGGAAAUACAAAAUGGCUCAUCCUCUGAUGGCAUUUCAGGCAGGCGAAGAUGUAGAUACUAUACAGACCGUGGGAUAGUAUACCAUUCGGUAAAAGAUGUCCUAACGGUGACGUUUGUUUCUGAUCGUGGUACAUACCGGCGGUACCGUGGAUUUAAGGCAACUUACAUCAAAGUGAAAUAUAAUGCAACGAACACCGGU